AUGAAACUUCAAUACAGUGGUGCUGCUGUUGGUGGCUUCUUGCUGCUAGUGACCACCUGCCGCGCACUACCGAAAGACAUUCCCGAAGCGACCGACGUGGAAACGCUCGACGGGCCACCGUUUCUGGCGGAUCUGCGUUACCAGUGCCGCAACACGACCGGGGACGAUCGUACGUUCUACGAGCUGAAGGAACACAUCUCAACCGAUCUGCCCAAAUGCUUCAUGGCCCACGUCAAUAUGGAUCAGCUGAAGACGGACACCGCAAAGCUGGGGGAGAACGAAAGGAAGAAACUGUUCGAAAAAAUUUGCGAACAGAUCAACGAAUCGGUAACCUGCCUGACACCGGUAAAGGCAAAGCUGACACCCUGCCUGGAUGAGGAGGAUGUGAAGAUAAUGGAGCAGGUCGUCGCUACCAUACCGGAGGCGUUGAAUAUGGCGUGUACCAACAGUGGCGCUUUGUUGCAAAAAUUUACGGAACAGGCGUAUCGGUCUUGUGCCAUGGAGCUACCGCCAAUGAUAGAGGAGUGUACGAGCGAGCUGCCCGAUAGUAUGGAAAGUCUUCCAUUCUCCCAAUAUACCGAAAAGCAGUGCAAAGACAUCUACAACAUGCGGGACUGCUUCACCCGCCGAAUUACCGAGUGUGGAGCAACGGGCUAUAUGGACUUCUUCAUACUAUUCUACCGGAAAUUGCUCGCACUGACGCCAUGCAAAUAG